AUGGCCUUUAUAGCUCAACUGUGUUUAUUUCUUGUCAGGACUUUCUUUGUCUUUUGGGCAGGAUGGAGCUGGCUGGGGCCAGAUGAUCCAGUGGGAAGAGAGUGGAAGGCGUUAUCGGCUCCUGAAUUCUGGCCAAGAGUACCAGCCAGCAGGGGAAAGUGCUGGAGGAACUCGAGUUUUGCUGGAUGGAAGUCGUGGAAGCGGCGUGGAUCUCCGCCGCCAGGCACCCACAUUGCCUCGAACUGGAUCACAGACAGUUAGGGGCAACACUCGUCAUCCAUUUGGCUUUGGACAGGUGCCAGAUAAUUGGCGAGGUGGGAGUGAAACAUCGAGUUCGUCAAGUCGAUUUGUACCUUCCACAGGGACUGGAGGCGGAGGGGGGAGUAGAAUACGACAAACUUACUCCCAGAAUUCAGUAGGACCUCCAUUUUUAUCAAGACCUCAACCUCCUUUUGUAGCGCAACCUGAUUUUUACCCCCAAGGCUAUGAAGAAACUUAUAGCUAUUCUAGGAGUGGUGGUGGAGGUGGAGGUGGUGGAGGUGGUUAUGUCGCACAACCACCUUGGGGAGGAGGUUAUGAAGAUUUCUAUGAGGAACCAAAUCCACCCUAUGCCCAACCACCUUAUUUUGGGGCCCCCCCUAACUUACCUCCUCAGCAACCAGCUGCUGCCAAUCCUGUAGUGCCACAGGAUGGACUUGACCGCCGUUUUUCUCACAGCCUCUUUCGAGGUAGUGAUAUACCAGUAGAAAAUGAACCAGUGCGACAAGGUGUAGGAACUGGAGCUGGUGAAGCAGGGCUCCCACCAUAUGGAGGAGUGAGUCAGGGUGAAGGAGGUUACUAUGGAGCACAACGACCAGAUGUUUUCCAACCUCAGAGCCGGGUAGCCAGUGCUCCAAACAGUGGAAGUGAAUCACAAGGAGGACAACAAGCAAGAGUCAGUGUUGGGAAUGUUUUUCGUGGAGGUCAGAGUGGGAGAGGACUUCCUGAUUUGGUGCCUGAUCCAAGUUAUGUUCAGGCUGCAACUUAUGUCCAGCGUGCUCAUUUGUAUUCACUACGCUGUGCUGCUGAAGAGCGCUGCCUCUCUAGCUCUGCAUAUGCCACGGACACUUCAGAUUAUGAUGUGAGAGUUCUGCUUCGAUUCCCUCAGAGAGUGAAGAAUCAAGGAACGGCUGACUUUUUGCCUACACGACCACGCCAAGCAUGGGAGUGGCACAGCUGCCAUCAACACUAUCACAGCAUGGAUGAAUUCAGUCAUUAUGACCUCCUGGAUGCAACAACAGGAAGAAAAGUAGCAGAGGGACAUAAGGCUAGCUUUUGUUUAGAGGAUACAACCUGUGACUUUGGGAACCUCAAGAGAUAUGCAUGUACCUCGCACACUCAAGGUUUAAGUCCUGGCUGUUAUGACACAUAUAAUGCGGACAUUGACUGCCAGUGGAUCGAUAUCACUGAAGUGAAGCCAGGAAACUACAUACUCAAGGUUGUGGUGAAUCCCAAAUAUCUCGUGCUGGAGUCAGAUUUUACCAAUAAUGUGGUGCGCUGCAAUAUCCACUAUACAGGGCGAUAUGCGUCAGCCACAAACUGCCGUAUCACACAG